CAAAUAUUUGUCUUCUCAAUACCCCCUAAAAUGUCAAACAUUUUGCUUGGUUAAUGACAUUGUAAUUCCUAAUAACUUGGCCAGCUUGGUUGACCCCUCUUGCCACAAUCUACUCCGGUGUCUUCCUGAGCGAACAGCUAUGGGCAAGGAGAAGCUUCACAUCAACAUCGUGGUGAUCGGCCUUGUGGACUCAGGCAAGUCGACCACCACAGGCCACCUCAUCUACAAGUGUGGGGGCAUCGACAAGAGGACCAUUGAGAAGCUUGAGAAGGAGGCCGCUGAGAUGGGGAAGGGCUCGUUCAAGUACGCCUGGGUGCUGGACAAGCUGAAGGCAGAGAGGGAGCGAGGCAUCACCAUCGACAUCUCCCUGUGGAAGUUUGAGACCAGCAGACACUACCAUAUCCAGCAGGUCACUAUCAUCGACCCCCCGGGACACAGGGACUUCAUCAAGAACAUGAUCACUGGCACCUCUCAGGCAGACUGUACCGUGCUCAGCGGCAGGCGUGGGCGAGUUCGAGGCGGACAAACCCGUGAGCACGCCCUUCUGGCCUACACCCUAGGGGUCAAGCAGCUGAUCGUAGGGGUCAACAAGAUGGACUCCACCGAGCCCAACUACAGCCAGAAACGUUAUGAGGAGAUUGUGAAGGAAGUCAGCACCUAUAUUAAGAAGAUUGGUUACAACCCGGAUACAGUGGCCUUCGUUCCCAUCUCCGGCUGGAAUGGGGACAAUAUGCUGGAGGCUAGCCCUAACAUGACAUGGUUCAAAGGGUGGAAGAUCACCCGUAAGGACGGCAGCGCCUCUGGGACCACCCUGCUGGAGGCCCUGGACGCCAUCCAGCCGCCCUCCCGCCCCGCUGACAAACCCCUCCGCCUGCCCCUACAGGACGUCUACAAGAUAGGGGGUAUUGGUACGGUCCCGGUGGGGUGGGUGGAGACGGGCGUGAUCAAGCCAGGCAUGGUGUUGACUUUUGCCCCCGUCAAUGUGACCACGGAGGUCAAGUCAGUGGAGAUGCACCACGAGGCGCUGACCGAGGCCAUGCCCGGAGAAAACGUGGGCUUUAACGUCAAGAACGUGUCGGUGAAAGACAUACAGCGAGGGAACGUGGCUGGAGACAGUAAGAACGACCCGCCGAUGGAGGUGGCCAGCUUCACUGCACAGAGUCACAUCAUCAUCCUGAACCACCCAGGUCAGAUCAGUGCCGGCUACGCCCCCGUGCUGGACUGCCACACGGCCCACACCGCCUGUAAGUUCGCCGAGCUGAAGGAGAAGAUUGACCGGCGCUCGGGCAAGAAGCUGGAGGACAACCCCAAGGCCCUGAAGUCUGGCGACGCAGCCAUCGUUGCCAUGGUCCCCGGGAAGCCCAUGUGUGUGGAGAGCUUCUCCGAGGACCCACCACUUGGUAGGUGGUGUGUGUGUGUGUCUGCCCUCAACCCAGAUCCCUAUUGGGGGGACAGAUGACGUGUACUGUACAUCUUUGUCAUAUAUAUAGAUAUUACAGAACUGGCUCUGUUCAUCAGAAAAGAAGUUAUCUCUAUCCCUCAUCAGUCUUGGUGCUUCUUGUCUAGAACUAAUCACAUGUUCCAUUUAGUAUUUUCGAAGUGCUACAGUUCAAAUCAACUAUAGCAUUGUAUCAUGUGCUGCAAAGCCUGUAAUAGACUUAAAUGAAAAACAUCACCCCCCUCGUACACACCAUAGUCAAAGUCUGGUCGCCCAAUUUUUCAGUUUUUGAAUUGUUAAAAAAGUUUGAAAUAUCCAAUAAAUGUCGUUCCACUUCA